GAAUCGAAAGUCUGGAACGAAUCACAAAAGGCUUUGGGCGGAUCUUCGGUGAUCAGGCUCAAGUCACCGUAAUCAGUGAAGUUUUGGUGUGCAGGAGCCUUCGGGUGUGGAGCUUUGUUGAAAAGAUUUUAUUUUAUUAUUUUUAAUUAUAUUUUAUAAGCAGUUCUUGAGCGUAGUUCAUCACAGGGUCACUGCUGCUUUUUAAGGAAAGGGAGACAAUCUUUGCUUAUUUUCCUAACAUUUACUUCAAUUGAGAAGCCGUAAAUAUUUUAAAUUUAGUGUUAACAUUAGGAAAAAAUAAUAAGUAAAACUGGUAAUUAUGCUGCUUUUUAUAUAAGCUGUUAGUCUGGUUUAGGUCAAAUAGGUGAUAUGAGGCGUUCUCUGCCUAUGCGCACUUUAGGUGGUAUGAACAAAUUUUAGUGAUUUAAUUUUACUUUUUACAGUCAGCAGUUUGAAUCAUGGAUAACAGAGAUACAGACGAGAAGACACCACUUUUGGGAAAUCAUGCUGGUAAAAGAAGCAGUCCCGUUUCGGUGUUUGAGGGUCGGUGGACUGCUUGCAUUAGUAUUCUAGUUGCAGAGUCGCUGGAAAGGGUGGCUUUUUAUGGAAUUACCUGUAAUCUUGUUUUGGUCCUUAACGGAAACCUAUUUUAUUGGAAUGCGACUCAGGCUAGCCAAGCCCUGCUGCUUUUCAUGGGCAUCACUUACUUGGUGUCCCCAUUUGGAGGCUGGAUAGCAGAUGCUUUACUUGGGAAGUUUUUCACUAUAGUGUCGAGCAUGGUCCUAUACUUGUUUGGCAUGUUGUUCUUUUCUCUAACUACUUAUUCCGUUCGAGAUACUUUAUGCGGGGACCUACUCCCUGUUGCUGUUGAUGACUGCCUUUUCCCAAAUGGCACCUUGAAACCAAAUGUGUCCUGCAAUCAAGACGUGAGGUAUUGUGUACCUGCGGUCAUAAGUGGACUUGUAAUUAUUGGCGUAGGAGUGGGAACUGUAAAGGCCAAUAUUACACCUUUUGGAGCUGAUCAGGUAAAGGACAGAGGACCAGAAGCUACUCGAAGAUUCUUUAAUUGGUUUUAUUGGUGCAUCAAUUUGGGGGCUAUCGUUUCCUUGGGAGUCAUUUCAUACAUCCAGCAGAACAUAAGCUUCUUUAUUGGAUAUGUCAUCCCAACUGUCUGUAUUGGGAUUUCCUUCCUUGUCUUUCUCUGCAGUAGGAGAGCUUUUAUCAAUAAACCACCUGAUGGUAGUGCCUUCACCGAAAUGACAAAGAUUAUUGCAUAUUCCUGUUGUUCAAGGGCUCACAAACAAACACAAAAUGGUCACAGUAAUGAAAACCUAGUUGGUUAUUCAUCACCCAGGAAGCUUGGUUUGCUUGAUGCUUCAAAAGUGUCCAAUGGUGGACGUUUUGCAGAUGAAAAGGUUGAUGAUGUCCGGGCUCUGCUUAAGAUCAUCCCUGUCUUCUUUGCACUAAUUCCAUACUGGACAGUGUAUUUUCAGAUGCAGACCACGUAUGUUCUACAAAGCCUUCAUCUCCGGAUUCCAGAAUUUUUUUAUAACACUGGUUUAAAUUCUAGUUCAAAUUCUACUCAAACGCAAACCCAUUUGGUUCCAGCAGCCUGGCUUACAAUGUUUGAUGCCAUCUUAAUUCUUAUCCUGAUUCCUCUAAAAGACAAAGUGAUAGAUCCCCUCUUGAAGAAGAGAGGCAUACUGCCUUCAUCCUUAAGGAGAAUUGCAUUUGGCAUGUUCUUUGUCAUGUGCUCAGCUGUAGCCGCUGGAAUCCUGGAAAGCAAAAGACUGGAAAUUGUUCAGGAGAAGAAAAUUAUUAAUCAAACAAUUGGAAAUAAUGUUUACUUUGCAGCAGAUCUAUCCAUAUGGUGGCAAAUACUACAAUAUGUCCUUAUUGGAGUCAGUGAGAUUUUUGCUAGUAUAGCAGGUUUAGAAUUUGCUUACUCUGCAGCUCCUAAAUCGAUGCAAAGUGCAAUAAUGGGACUGUUCUUUUUCUUUUCUGGAAUUGGCUCCUUUGUUGGUAUUGGUCUCCUUGAACUUGUGUCUUUAAAAGGGAUUGGAUGGAUGAGUAGCAAGACGGACUUUGGUAAUAUCAACAACUGCAAUCUGAACUACUAUUUCUUUUUGCUGGCUGGUAUACAAGGACUGACUCUGUUGUUGUUUAUUAUUGUUUCUGUGAAAUAUGAUAAACAGAGAGCCGGCAGUUCAUAUGUGAAGACAAGAGAACUGAAGAACUAAGAGAAGUUUCAUUUGGUUGACAUUACAGAGCAGAGAGUCCGGUGCUGGAAGUACUGAAAUGUCAGAAGGCAAUAGACUGCUUCUGUAUUUUUCUGUUGCACAAUGAAAGGCCGCGAGUUGCUUUACUAGAUCUUUAGUCAUGCCAUGUUACAUCAUAAGGAAUUUGAGAUCAUACUGCUAACCUUGCUCAUUACGAGCAUUCCUUCAGACUCUUUACACUGUGCAUACGGUCACCCUUCUCUUGUGAUCGCUUCAGUGCAUUUACUUAAAUACACUCACAUUAAGCAUGCUUGCAGGAUUUACAGAUUAGUAACUUACUUCACGAAAGAACCGUUGUGAAGGAUGAAUGCUUUGCAUGAAGCUGAGAAUUUGUUAAGGAGAAGGAAAUCCAAGCAAACAGAAAACCGUAAACUGUCUGGACUUACCUGGCACACUUAACAUUCAUAGUGCACAGCUGCAUAUAUAAACUUUUUUGCUGACAAUUUGAUAAAAUGAAUUCUAACUUUAACAUUUAAAGAGUUGGAUGUGCAUUAUGUUUGUUUUCAAUGUUGCAAAUAUGCUUUUAAACUGCACCUUGUCCCCAUUUUUGCAGCACUAAUUGACACAGUGGUUGAAAUAACUACACCUUGAUGUUCUGUUUUUGAAUAGGAGUGCAUCGCUUUAUGGUAGAAACCUUGUUUUGAUGUGCCAAACAUUCUAUUUACAACAUUUGAUGCAAGUACACAAAGAAGUGAGCACAAAUGCACAACAGUAAUUAAAAUAGUCAGGUCCAGUCAGUGUAAAUCUUACCAAGCAUAUUAUUUUUAAUGGACCUGUUCUGUUUCUUUACAUGUGCACAGUAGAGCAUGUAUUGUGUUCAAUUUAUGUUUACAGAAUAAACAGUUUGAUAUUCAUUAAUGAGGCCAAAAAUAUACAGUACUGAUGUAAGUUUAACCGUUUAAAGUUAGCCGCCCUCCAGUGGUUGUGUAGCUUUUCUUUAUCCCAUUUUAUGGAUUUUUUUUUUUUUUUUUUUAUAUUUUAAAUUUUAGUUGAGAAUGUGAGUGCAGCUUUUCUGUUGAGUACUGGUAGCAAGCCAGAGAUACUCAAACGAGAGCAUCUGUGCUGUAAAUCAUACCUCUCAACUGUACAGAUAUUUGCAGAAUGUCCAGAUUUUUGCCUCAUAUUUUUAGGCCGUUUUUCACAAAAUUGUGGUCUUCUAGUAAAUCAUUGAAGAUUAGUCA